AUGCGUGCUUUUCACACAUGUAUUGCUGAGAAGUGCUGUGAAGUCCCAGGUAACUGCGUGGUUCUAGCGCAAUUAUUCCAGCCAUUUGAAGGGCUUAAAUACUGGCGAACUGUUGCACACAGCACACUGGCACUAAUCAUUCAAUUUAUGACUGUCAUGUCCCGUAUCAAGGACGACAUCCUCCUUGUGCAGCCCUCUGAAAUGUCUACGUCCGAGGCACCUCAGCACUUAUCGUCGGCCAUUGUGCUCUUUCUUUCGACCAUCUGCUCUAUCCCUGAGCCUGCCGAACGCUCCCAGCGUGGUCAACACAUUUCUAUUGUGAAGAGUGUCAAAUUAACUAUCAUCACAACUUUUCGGUUGCGCAAGGCCGACGCCAUUACUAUUCAGGUAUUCCAGACAUUUUACAAGUCGGUUUCGUGA